AUGAAGCGCGCUCUGCAGGAGUCCAACGAAGCCAUCCAGGGCCUUAAUGCGCUGGUCCAGCAGAGUCUGGACUUGCAGCGGGAGGUGCAAGCCACGCUACGAGCGUUGCAAGCUUCUGAACUACCCAAUGCCCCUGUUGCGCCGAACAAUGGGAAUGGCGAUGGCGCACCAGGUGGCUCUGGUUCUGGCUCUAACGACCUUGCGGAGGAGACGCACGAGUCAGAGCUGAAGAGAGCGGUGGCAGCUAUCAUGGAGCCCGCUAAACACUCAGUGUACCAGAAGUGCAUCACUGAAGGUGAUGGAACUGGCGACAAGGGGCUCUCCAUGUGGCCUGACCACAACGUGGUGGUGCAUUGGAGCGCGGCUACUGGCGCGAUCUGGGAGAGCCAGAAGGAGAAGCUGCUGUACUGCCUCAACCACUCGGCGGAGCACAGCAACACAUGGUCUGCAGUCGCUGCUCGCAUGCGCGGAGGCAUCGUGCGUGUGGGCAAGACGGUGCUGUUUCGCUUCCUGGGCAUUCCGCGCCAUGUGGCGGAUCUGCCCAAAGAGUUCAGCGCGCGCACGCACUUCAAGGUGCUCAUUGCCUUCCCUCCUCCCAAAGAGGCCUGGGCUUUGCCCACGGAGAUUGUGGGACCGGAGAUGAGCGAGGGGGAUGAUGAGAUUCCCGCUGCUCCAACUGGGCAUGCUGAGGCUUGA